GCGAGGACGUCGAUGGAUGAGCUGAAAAAACUGUUCAAACUGACUACUCUGCUCCCCUCAUAUUCACCUGACCUCACGCAUGACUACCACCCUUUCAAAAGCCCAUUGGACUUGAUGUUCGCUUGUGCUCUCUAUCCUACUGAUGACGACUUCUUGGAAAGCGUUGAAACUGAAGUGAAUCAGCAGGUUGUUGAUUCGCGCCAUUCAUCGAUAUUGUUAUGGGCCGGGAACAACGAAAACGAAGUGGCCAUCAGAUCGCAUUGGUGGUCUGUUGAAAACUAUGGAGAAGACGAUCAAGUCAAGGAUUACAUACGCCUCUAUAGUGGACUUGUAAAGCCUCUUGUUGAAGCUGGAGAUCCAUCUCGUCCAUUCCUACUUUCUAGUCCAAGUAAUGGGCAGCAAACUGAAGAUGAAGGAGGUGUAUCGGCAAAUCCCGGCGACCAACGUUACGGUGAUAUUCACUUCUACGACGAAUUAAGGGACCUUUGGCGAGAUAACUCCUACUUAACACCACGAUGCGCAACGGAGUUUGGAGUUCAAAGCCUUCCAUUUGCAAGCACUAUGUUGAAGCAUAUCAAUUUUUCCGAAUGGUUUUACACAUCGGAGCAGCUUGUGCAUCGACAGCACAAACCGGGUGGUAUACUAACCAAUUUGUUAAUGGUGUUCAAUCAUUUUCCGAUUCCAUUUCAAUGCACUCAAUCACUUGUCGAUCUAAGUCGUUGCGAUUUUCUGAGGUCACCGCAGUUUGUUGAUCGAUAUGCAUAUUUCUCCCAAGCGAAUCAGGCAAUCACAUACAAAAUACAAACUGAACAUUAUAGAAGGUUACAUCGUAAUUUACUGUUACCAUCCGGACUUGGCAACACAAUGUGCUCCCUAUACUGGCAGCUCAAUGAUGUAUGGGCUGCUCCAACUUGGUCAACAAUUGACUUUGAUAUGAACUGGAAAAUAGCUCAUUAUGAAGCGCGUCGAUUCAUGGCACCUUUGAUAGUAUACGCCUUGGGUCUGAAUGAUAUGGGAGUGACGGUAGUGAACGAUCUGCCAGAGGAAAUCAGGAAUGCAACGGUGCAAAUCGAUAUGUUUGCAUGGACUAAUGGCUUUGACUCGGUUUUCAGUCAAAGAAAAGUAAUUGAUAUCGCUCCAAUCAAACCACUCGGCCAAAAAGAAUGGUACCUCCACUUUCAGAUUGAUUUCAACGUGUUUGGCGAUGUUUCUAUCGCUGAAUUCAGUGUGAUAGAUGAUCUCACAUAUCUGCUAUCUAUAAAUGCCACAAGCCUUUCGCCAUAUACGUGGAUCGCAGUGUCGAAACCGUUCACGGGAUGGUUCUCUGAUAACGGCUUCACCAUGACAGUUCCCACUCGAAAAGUUAUGCUUCACCUUCGACACCCAGUAGAGUUGUCUGAAGGCGAUUUUCAUGUAUGUAACUUAAAAAAUUGUGGUGUACAAUGA